UCUAAAAUUCCCAUAAACCACACAGGACAGGAGACAUCUAAAUGCAACCUUAAACCCUAAUGUCCUUCCUUACACCCUUCCUCGCCCGCCAAAAAAAUUUCCCCACUGCCACGCUCCUCACGCGCCACCUCUCUUCCGCCACCACCAGAACCACCACCUCCAAACUCCACGAGCGCUACACAUUCACUCCACCACCUUCUCUCUCCCCCGAAUCCCAAAACGAUGAUAUUCCAACGAAACCAAACAAGAAAAAACCAAAACCAAGGUACCGUCCGCCUUCGUCUCUGGACCGAAACGGACGCAAACCGGUUCGUUCUGACCUGCCGUUCGAUUUCCGGUUCAGCUACACGGAGAGCAGUGAGAAGGUGAGGCCUAUCGGGCUUAGGGGGCCCAAGUACUCGCCAUUUGGGCCUGGAAGGGUGGACCGGGCCUGGACCGGGGUUUGUGCGCCUGCGGUGGACCCGAAGGUAGAGUUGUUGGAGGCAAAAGAAGAGCCGAAGAUGGAGCAACAGAGGAAGAAGAGGAGAGGUUGGGUUCAAGGAGAACCUCUCUCCACUGCUGAGAGGAAAGCGCUGGUUUUGCAGGGUGAAAGGGGAAAAACCAAGAGGCAAAUCAAUCUAGGUAGGGAUGGCUUAACUCACAACAUGCUGGAUGUUAUUCAUAAGCAUUGGAAAUAUUCUGAAGUGGUUAGGAUCAAAUGCAUGGGCGUUCCAACUGUUGACAUGAAAAAUGUUUGCACCCAGCUUGAGGACAAAACAUAUGGAAAGGUCAUUUCCAGGCAUGGGGGUACAAUUAUAUUAUACAGAGGCAGGAACUAUAAUCCCAAUCACAGGCCAGUAAUUCCUCUCAUGCUGUGGAAACCCCAAGAACCUGUCUAUCCUAGACUGAUUAAGACAACAAUUGAGGGUCUGAGUAUUGAGGAAACUAAAGAGAUGAGGAAGAGAGGACUAGCCGUUCCCGUGUUAACAAAACUUGCCAAAAAUGGCUAUUAUGCAUAUUUGGUGCCAAUGGUCAGAGAUGCUUUCCUCUCAAGUGAAUUGGUUCGGAUAGACUGCACGGGUCUUGAGAGGAGUGAUUACAAGAAAAUCGGCUGCAAGCUCCGGGACCUGGUCCCUUGUAUUCUGGUGACUUUUGAUAAAGAACAGAUUGUAGUUUGGAGGGGGAUGGAUUAUAAGCCCCCAGAGGAUGGAUACUUCUUUAAAGAUAAAGAGUCUUUCGAUGAUUAUGAUGAUCAUUUGGAUGCUGGUGUAGGGUAACAUGUUGAGCUUCAUUACAGCAGCUUAGGAGACUAAAUACUCUAUGGUUGGCUGUGUGAUAAUGAGUAAAAGAGAGAGGGACACUUUUAAGAUGAUGUACCUACUGCCAAGGUUGAUGCUGCUCUUUGGAUAUGAAGCCCAAAAAAUGUUCUUUAACCAUGUCUCAUUUGUGGCCUUAAAAGUGGAGAAGAAGCAUUCUGAAAGAUGUAAAUCUGUUAAAUUAUAUAUACAAGCUAAUUCCUGAACUGAAGAUGGUGUAGAUAGGAUUCUCACAUUUUUUUUAUAUUCAAACUUUACCCUCAGUAUUUCAAGUAAAAACCGAUUGAAUUUUGAUGUCUUCA